ACUAACUUCACUCCCUAUCAGAGACUCGCCAGGGCAGGACCUACAUCUCACGGGUGUCUUAUACAAGUAACUGUAGUGAGAGGCGUGUGAGGAGGCCAUGUAGUGCUGUAGGCUUGUAGCACAACACCGUCAGUAUAUGUAUAAGAGCGAGGAACGUAUAUGUGUGUGUGUGUGUAUGACGGGUAUACAGGUGUAGAGGUGUGACUUAGUAUUUGUCAAGAAUACAAGAGACUGACUGAUCGCUCUGGCAAGUGACGAAGAGAAUAAGUCAGUAAUUAAAUCAAACUAACCCGUGAGUCAUGGCGUCAAAUGGCGUCUUGUGUGUCUCGCUGUUUUUUCUGUGUUGUGGAUCUCUUAACUUGUUCCGCUAUGUCAGCACCCCACACGACGACACCACGAAGAUCUCAGACGAGGGUGAUGGAUCCCUCCCUUAUAAACGAUACCAAGAGAUAUUUCAGACGAGUAAAAGAAGUGGUGAGAGAUAUAAGGAAGAUCUCUCAACGAAGGGGGCACCGGAGGAGGGCAACCAGCAUAUGCCCCAAGACCUGCCCCAAGAUCUCCUCCACCACGCUGACGAUACUCCUGACGAUGACCUAUACUCCUACCACCAACAACAAACACAGAAUCCAGAAUAUGGUUACCAUGAUUUUGAGCCAGAAGACGAAUCUCUCCACACUACGUUUGUGUUUUGGCGUAAUGACGUGUGUAAGUCGACGACACAUACGGCGAGAGAAGAAGAGGAGGAGGAGGAAGAAGAGGUAACGAAGGAUAUAGGAGAGGAAGAAGUGACGAAGAAUGGAGAAGACGAGAUGGCGGCAGAUGGAGAAAAGGAGGUACUAGAGGAGGAGACAGGGGAUGAAGGAGGGGAGGAGGAAGAUAAGAAGCUAGCGUGGUGGCAGAGGAACAUAGUGUAUCAUUUAUAUCCCUACUCCUUCCAAGACACUGAUGGCUCCGGUAUAGGCGACCUCAAGGGUAUAGCGAUGAGGGCAGACUACCUGCAGCAGCUGGGUGUGGCUACAGUGUGGCUCAGUCCUAUAUUCACCUCCCCCAUGGCUGACUUCGGCUACGACAUCUCUAACUUCACUGACAUCGACCCCAUCUUCGGCAACAUGCAAGACUUUGACUUCCUCUUGCAGGAGUUCCACGCCAGAGACCUGAAGGUGGUGCUGGACUUGGUGCCCAACCACACCAGCAACCAACACGAGUGGUUCACCAAGUCUGUCCUGCGGGAGGAUCCUUACACUGACUACUAUGUCUGGGCUGACCCGAAAGGCUACACUCCUUCCGGCACCCCCAUCCCCCCUAACAACUGGCUGUGUUUGUUCCGGGGGACGGUGUGGCAGUGGGUGGAGGAGCGGCAGCAGUUUUACCUCCACAAGUACCUGACGGAACAGCCGGACCUCAACUACCGAAACCCAGCCGUCAGGAGAAGUAUCUUGGAGGUGAUGAAGUUCUGGUUGGAUCGAGGUGUUGAUGGCUUCCGUAUCGACGCCAUCAAACAGCUGUACGAGGUGGAAGACCUAUACCAGGACGAGGCAGUGGACCAAGACUCAGGGCUGACUGACUCUCUCCUCUACAAGUACCUGACUCACAACCUCACCAUCAACCAGCCAGAAAUAUUCCAAGUUGCCCUGAAGGAGUGGAGAGAUUUAGUCGACCAGUACAAUGACAAGUUCCUGAUAGCCCAGCUGUAUGACCCAGACAUCAGCGAGAUCAUGAAGUACUACGGGACCUCCUCAGCGCCUCUCUCUCACUUCCCUUUCAACUUCCGGUUUAUACAGUAUCUCAAGACCCGCGAUGACGUCACGGGCCACACCCUACUGGCCUACAUCACCGAGUGGCUGGACAACAUGCCGGCUGGAAUGUGGCCAAAUUGGGUGCUGAGUAACCAUGGCAACAGUCGCUUGGCGUCUCGGGUGGGCGGGGACCUGGUGGACGCCCUCCACAUGAUGACGAUGCUACUGCCGGGGACCCCGAUCACCUACUACGGCGAUGAGCUGGGUAUGGAGGACAUAUAUGUGAAGUGGGAGGAGACUCGGGACCCCAGCGGCAAGAACCUGGGACCUGAGAGAUACCUGGAGGCGAGUCGUGACCGUUGCCGUUCACCCAUGCAGUGGGACGACUCACAUAACGCAGGCUUCAGCUCUGCCAACAACACGUGGCUCCGAGUGAACGACAACUACUUGACGAUGAACGUGAAGGCGCAGAUGGCGGCGCAGGAGAGUCACCUGCGUCUCUACCAGCGCCUGGCGAAGCUGCGUCAGGAGGUGACCUUCACCCACGGGAACCUGACUUUCCCCGUCGUCACCCAGCAGGUGUUCUCCUUCCUCAGGAGCCACCUGAGGUCACACAGUUACCUGGUGGUCAUCAACACCUCCCGGCAGCAGCUGUUGGUGGACCUGACGAAGGGCACAGGGCUGCCACCCACCGCCACCGUCCUCCUCCGCUCCGUCACCCACACUACCCCAAGGAGAGUCAUCCACACUACCCCAGGGUCAGAGGUCAACCUUGCUGUGUUGAGACUGAAGGCCGGUGAGGGACUCGUCCUUAGGCUGCCCACACAAGCUUGAACCCUGAUACAACCUGAAGCCUGAUACAACCUGAAGCCUGAUACAACCUGAAGCCUGAUACAACCUGAAGCCUGAUACAACCUGAAGCCUGAUACAACAUGAAGCCUGAUACAACAUGAAGCCUGAUACAACAUGAAGCCUGAUACAACAUGAAGCCUGAUUCAACAUGAAGCCUGAUACAACAUGAAGCCUGAUUCAACAUGAAGCCGGCCCAAGAAGAACGUUCCACACCUGAAUCACCUGUCGUCAAACUUUUAAUUAAACUUCAACUUUAUUAUUGAUCGAAUUUAUUAUACACGAUUUAUUAUAAAAUAUAUAAUAAACUAAAAUAAUAUUAAAAGUAAUUAUUAAAGAUCAUUAUUUUUAUCCUAGAAAAUUAAUUAACAUAUUUAAAGUAAUUAUUUGUUGACGUUC